AAAAGAAAAAUCAAAGGUGGCAAAAAUGGCGGCCAUGGCUAUAACCAAAACAGCAAUACUAAACCUUUCAAAGUCAUUUUCCCAGAAAUACCCCUCCCUCCAUCUUCACCACAAGGUUUCUAGGGUUUCCUUCACUUCCGCUUCCCGAUUUCCCGAGGGACGAACGGCGGAAGAUGACCGGAGAAGAGAGUACAGUCCGUACAACGCCGACGAAUCUGUGGAAGAACCCCAAGACGAAGUCAGGAAAACCAUGGACAAAGCUAAAGACAAGACUCGAGAAUUGAAGGACAAAGCUAAGGACAACACCGGCGAAAUGAAGGACAAGGCGAGCGGCGCCGCCGCGAAGGCCGGCGACAAAGCUAGAGAAGCCAAAGACACGGCGGCCGGAAAAGCCAAAGAAGCCAAGGACAGUCUGGCAGACGCCGCCCGCGAUGCAAAGGAGAAGGUGACGGAGAAAGCAAACGAGAUGAACGAGAAGACGAAGGAGAAGCUGGGCCCCAUGGCCGACAAGGCUUACGAGAUGAAGGAGAAUACGAAGGAGUCCGCCGGAAACAUGGCGGAGAAGAGGAAAGAGCAGGCCCACGCGGCCGAGGACAAGGCGAUGGACGCCGCCGGAGCCGCCGAGCAGAAGAUGAAGGACGCGGCGCGAGGCGCGAAGGAGACGACGAAGGGUGUGGCGGGGAAGGUGGCGGAGACGGCGGAGAGCAUAACGGAGAAGGCGAAGCAGACGGUGCAGGGCGCGUGGGGUGCGGCGAAGGACACGACGCAGAAGAUUAAGGAGACGGUGGUGGGGAAAUCGGAGGAGGAUGACGUGGAUGAUUAUAUAGAGGAUCAUGUGAAGAAGCAGGCGAGAGAAGAUUGGGAGAAGGUUAUGGAUGAAGAUGCGGUGGACUCCGGGCAAAGGUCGGCGGAGAAACAGGACCAGAACAAAUAUUGAAACGACGGCGUUUUGUUUUGUCGUAC